CAACAUCGCUCUCGUUCAAUUUGGAACAAUAAUCCGGAAUCACUUAUUCCCAUCAGUCAUCGAGGGACAUGUCGAUUGCCCCGUUGGCAUCCUCGACUGCAUCCCUAUCUAGAGAGGGCGGGAUUGCACAAUUUGAGGCACUUUAUGAGGCUUGAUAUUGACAACGAUCUGCUGACGGCAAUGGCAGAGCGAUGGCGCCCUGAGCUGCAUACCUUCCACUUUCCCGAGGGUGAAAUGACGAUCACCCUCAAAGAUGUUGCCAUCCUCACCGGGCUCCCGAUCACCGGAGAUGCCAUCAUCGACAACUCGAGAAAACCAGAAGAUGGUUGGGGGCCAUUGAUUCAGGAACGUCUGGGGUUCAACAUGCCGACCACCACGCCCGUCGAAGGUCAGGGGCAUCCACCACUGAAUGCGGGGCAAGUAUCGAUCCCGUGGCUUGUUGACCACAUCCAGAUGGAGGUUAAUAUAGGCCCGGAUACU